AUGAGCGGGUCCGGCUCUGCCUCGCACUGCGAGAACCAAGAGCCGCUGUCGGCCGAGGAGAGCCCGGCCAUCAGCGCCGUCAUGUUCUCGGCCGGGCUGCUGGGCAACCUGACGGCGCUGGCGCUGCUGGCCCGGCGCCGGCUGGGGCGGCGCGGCCGCCCGCUCUCCCUCUUCCACGUGCUGGUGACCGUCCUGGUGCUCACCGACCUGCUGGGCACCUGCCUGGUCAGCCCCGUGGUGCUGGCCUCCUACGGCCGCAACCGCACGCUGGUGGCGCUGGCCGAGGACAGGCGGCUGUGCCUCUACUUCGGCUUCGCCAUGAGCUUCUUCGGCCUGGCCACCAUGCUGGUGCUGUUCGCCAUGGCGCUGGAGCGCUGCCUGGCCCUGGGCCAGCCCUACCUCUACGAGCGCUUCGUCCGCCGCCGCUCGGCGCUGCUGCUGGCCCUCUACGCCUUCGCCGCCGCCUUCUGCGCCCUGCCGCUGCUGGGCUUCGACAGCUACGUGCAGUACUGCCCGGGCACCUGGUGCUUCAUCCAGAUGCGCGCCGCCCAGGGCGCCGGCGGCUGGGACGCCACCUACUCGCUGCUCUACGCCACGCUGCUGCUGCUGCUCAUCCUGGCCGUGCUGCUCUGCAACCUGAGCGUCACCCGCAACCUGGUGGGCAUGCACCGCCGCGGGCAGACCUCGCGCCGCCUGGCCUCGCUGGAGCAGCCCGCCGGGCGCCGGAGGCUCUCCAUGUCCGAGGAGGUGGAUCACCUCAUCCUCCUGGCCAUCAUGACCAUCACCUUCAUCGUCUGCUCCCUGCCUUUCACGAUUCGUGCCUAUAUGAACAAGUUUAUGAAUAACCAAGACGAUAAGAUGGACCUUCUAGCACUGAGGUUCUUAGCAAUUAAUCCAAUUAUUGACCCUUGGGUCUUUGUCAUCCUUAGACCUUCAGUUCUGAGGGUAAUCCGUUCUGUACUGUGCUGUCAGAUGUCCCUAAAGAGCCAAGACAACAUGCAGACGACUCCUGCUGCAGAGUCAAAAUCCAAUAAGCAGAUUGACCUUUGCGGGCAGUAAUCCCAGCAGCUUUCAGUGGAGACAUCUGGAAGAUCAUGCUGAAAUGGCUCCUCAGGGUAAUGAACAAACUUAGAAGUAUAAACACGAUGGGAAGCUGUGCUUUUUAGGUUAAUAAACAAAUACAUUUACUGCACAAUGGAUUGAGCUGCAGUCUGGCUGACAAGACACUGCAGGAUUUGUCAAAAAGCAUAAGGGAAGUCCAUCUAAAGUGAGUAUUUUCUACUUAUGGGACAGCAUCCUAGAGGCUAAUCAAUAACUGGAUUUCCGUUGCCACUAGACAGGAACUUUCAUGUUGAACUAAAGACAUGUGCUGCACUCUAGUGCGUUUGAAACACUAAGAAGCUAGUGGCUAUUUACUGUAAGUCUCGGAGAUAAAUGUUUUCUCGAACACUAUGCCUUGUGAUACGGUUUGGUGGGGAGACACAGAAGAGCUAAUAAUAUAGCUUUGGCUUAUUGGUUUGUUGCGAAACCCACCAAGUCCUUAUUAGCUUCAUGGAGGCUUAACUAACCAUUUAUCUAACUACUGAAAUGGAAGUCUUUAGA